CAAAAAAUCAAAGAAAUAGUUUGCACGAUUCUGCACAGAUUAGUGUUUCAUUUUGUAAAAUACUUCCAUUUUAUUCCAGUUUGAUCUUCUCCACAUUAACACCACCAGACCUCACCUCUAUUCUUUAUCGUCUAACUCCUGUGCAAAGCCCAAGGAGCCAAGUGUACAGUAUUUCUUUGUGCUUUAGUUACUUUUGCAACGAUUCCCAUGAUCUCAGUCUCACCUUUAGGCUUCGUAAAGGGGAGGCGGUAGAGGAAAGACACGAAGGAAUGGAUCAAACAAAGAUUGAAUCAUCCUCUAUUUCCACAAAAAGCCAUCAAAUCCAGCUUUGUUAACUCACAGUAAAUGCAAGAUAAGUGGCGAGUUGAAGUAAAAAGGGUUCCAUGAGAUGACAUUUUGUCCUUGGAAUAAUCACCUGAAGGGCCAUCAUCACUCAGACCCUGAAGAGGAGAGACAGAGAGAGAAGGAACACUUUUAACUCUAUAGAUGGCCUCAACAGCCUGCUGGUGUCUUUGAGCGUACCAAAAUAAUCGGUCCGACAUGAGCAUCCCAACUGGUUUUAAAGAACUGAGGGUCAAUGUUGAUAGAGGAGAAAAGAUUGGAAAUAAAAGCCAAAUUCUGUUCCCACAAUCUGGAGAUGAUAAUGCCAAUCAAGUAUCUGUAAUUGGUGAUCAAGAAGGAAGAGGAUUGAUAGAGGAUACAGGUUACAGCACAACCUCCAUCCCUCCAUUGGUCUCACAGAGUGAAUCCCCCAACAAGGUAGUGAUCUGGGGCUCUGGGCAGCAAUGUAUGGAGCCUGAGCUCAGAGAGUUUGAGCUUUUGGAGUGUCAGGAGAUACAUACAUUCUUAGGAAACAGGGAUCAGGAGGUGGAGGAUGAGGAUGACGAUGGAGGAAGUAUGCGGGAUGGAAAGGAUGAGGGCCCCAUGUCCAUUUCCUCAAGCUCAACUGCCAGCUCUGCUUCGACCGGUGUGAGGAGAAAUGACAAUGAUAACAACAAAGUGGAGAGCAUGAUACAGAGGGGCAAAGAGGGGCAGAAAAGGAUUGCCUGUCAUAGCACAGAAGAGCUAGACACAUGUGUGACAGGCUCAAUAGAGAAACGGGACACCAGGUCAGGCAGAGACAGGGAGAGACGAAGGGGAGGUCUAAAGGAAUCCAAGUCUGAGACAAAUGUGUUUGUCUCCAGUCUGUCAGCUGUCUCCUUCAGCGGGAGCCUUUCAAGCGCUCUGGAUAGCAGCGGAGAAGUGCAGUCUUUCAUCCCUCUGUCCAACUCCAAGACAAACCCUUAUCCCAAUACAACCAACACUACCUCAGCUCAGACCAGAAGAGGGGCAGGCCCUGUAGAUGCCAACUCCCCACCACUGCAUCCUCAGGAGAAACAUGGCAGUUUCCAAUACCACAGCCAAGAUCAGAGACAGGAGGAGGGAAGUUAUCAUCGUAAUGGAUUGGCCUCCGAUGGGGGGCUGGGCCUAAGGAGGAAGGCAGGAUUUGAGGAGAGGGUGUUGCCACCACGACGGCAACAGCUCGUCAGACCCCUCUGUCAGACAGAGGUUGGAGGAGCAAGGAGCUUAGCAGAGCCCAAUGCUCAUCAAGCUGAGACAGAGCAACCUUCUUCCUCAAACCCCUCUCCAGAUUCACAGAGUAAUGGGUCAAACAGAAAGUUUACAAAAUCGUCUUUACGUGAGCCAUCAGAUUUCUCCAACCUGUACAAAGCACAUGGAGUCUUACAGCCCAGGCAGCCCAACCAGGCAGCCCAGAGGGAGGCUCUACCUGUGGAAAAACAUUCUGCUCCAACUGCAUGGCGUAAUUCAAGUCCUUCAAAUCCUUCCACUUUCGAGAAGAAACCCCAGACUCAGCUAACAUACAGAAGGAAUUGCUCUAGUCCCAACAGAACGGAGGUUGAUUCUAGGUCAUCCACCCCUCCCCACUCCCCUCUCAGGACACCCCAGGGUUCACCACGCAGGCAACCUUCCAUGUACCUCGUUUCCAGGAAUGUCCCUGGAGUGGUAAGACACAUCCCGUCAGGAUGCAACUCUGCUGUAAUGACAUCAGCUCAGGGCUAUGGCAACAGUUGCAUGAGAGCACCAGUCAAAACAAAUAUAAGCACAAGUGGAAUCCCUAAAGCACCUCUUAACAACCAGCAGAGCUCUAACAACAACCCCAGCCCCAAAGAGAGCUCACCAUCACCUAAACUUAAACCUAAAGGAGUUCGGCCCAAAAUCAUUACAUGUGUUCGAAAGAAUCCUCAAUUUAAGCCUCAGGCUGCUGACGGACCUUAUCAGAUAUCCUCUCUACCAUCAAGGUUGUCAGCAUACACACAUGGCCAGGCACCCACUUCCUUCAAAGACACCUCUAAAGACCCCUGCAAGCCUGACGCAGAAACCAGAGGGGCCCCAGUGCUCAGUGCCUCCAAUCUGCUUUAUGACAAGUACCGCCAAGAGAUGCAGACAAACAUCUUCCCAUCAGGAAUGCUGAGCAGGAGUAUCAGGACCCCUGGACACACAAACACCGUACCCCCUGCACACACACACAGCCACACGGCACCCUCGAAACUGCGUAACAACAUCUUCGGGGCACCAUCAGAGGUGGGGCGAUCUGCCAGUUUUAAAGGAAGUACUGCUGAGGAUGCGCUGCUGUCACGGACGGCCGCUCAGGCCGGAGGGAGCGGCAGCCUCCUGCGCUCCGGCAGAGGUCUGCGUCUGGGCCUGGGAGCUGUCACCAGGACGACUACGGCCUCAGCCAAAGGCAGAGGACCUGGUCCAGUUCAGAAGUCAACACUGAUCUUCAGCCAACCAGUCCAACCUGUCAGCCCAGCAACCAGUCAGGAAACGCAAGAUGACACAGAUGACCAGGUUUUCACCCAUAAUGCUCCUCCUCCUGCUCCAGCGACAGCCGCAGCCCAACCUCAGGCCACGGCCUCCAGGUCUCUGCUUCCCAAAACAAGCCAGUCGGGCCUGCGCCCACCAGGCUUCAGCUCCAGCCGCCUCCCCGCGGGCCGCCUGGCAGCCUUUGGCUUCGUCAGGAGCUCCAGCGUGUCUUCCGUCUCCUCGGCCCACUCCGUCGAAAGCACACAGAAUGACCCCUGCAGAACAGCUCAUCGUCUGAGUGUAAGCGAGGAGCCUCCUCUUCACAGAGUGAUCACUGGCCCUCCGUCGACAGAUCACCAGAGAGGGGCACCAUGUCGCAGCAACAGCCUCCAGCCGCCCUCCACCCCAGCCCUGCCCCGGCGCUACCUGCCUGCCCAGCCACGAAGCUCCCCUGGAGUUGGCAGGAAAGAGUUUCAGCGGAGUUCAGAGGUCACUCGUUCUCUCCCGUCAUCCCCAAAGAGGCUGGCGGUGGUUCCUCCCAAACCUCAGUCCCCGGUCCAGUGUGGGCUGCGGCCUGCAGCAGCAGUGCGAGGGUCAUUUACCCCGGGGUCCCCUCGCCGCGUGGCCCCCCUGAGGCUGCAGCAGGAACAGCAGGAGAGCCUGCAAAGGGAGAAAGAGGAGGCUCAGCAGAAAGAGAGAGAAAGGCAAGAAGAGGAAAGAGAAAAAGAAGAACAAAGAGAAGAGGUUCAGAGGCUGCAGGGACGCUGUGAGCAGCAGGAGAGGCAGCUUGGAGCUCUUAGAGAAGAACUGAGGAAGACUUCCUUGGGUCUGGAAGCCUUUAUUAUCACCACACAGCAUUACUGCCUCAAGAAUAAAACUACAGAAGAAAAUCAAAGGAAAUUGUCCAUGGAAAUGCAACAGAUCAGAGAGGAAAUGGCAUCCAACUCGGCGCGAUGGGAGAGAAUCCAUCGGGAGAAGACAGCACUGGAGGUGGCGUUUGACCGAGAGCUGCACGAGCUGCAGCUGCAGCAGGAGGCGGAGCUGGCUGCUGUGGAGGAGGGGCUCAGAAAGUGUCACUCAGCAGAGGCAGAACACCUGAAGGAGGAGCAUCGGUCAGAGAUGGAGGAGCUGAGGACUCAGCAUCAGGAACAGAUGGAGGAGAUGACAGUCAACCAUGAGGCAGCCAUGCAGGAGCUCAGAGACAUGCAUAACAUCACCAUGGCAACACUGCAUGAGGAGCAUGCCCGUACCAUGAGAGACUUGAGAAAAGCUCAUGAACAACAGAAGAUGCUUCUCGAGGAAGAUUUUGAGAAACUCCGGCUUUCUCUACAGGAUCAAGUGGAUACCCUCACAAUUCAAAACCAGAGUCUGAAGAACAAAGCCAAGCGUUUUGAGGAGGCUUUAAGGAGGAGUACAGAUGAACAGAUAGUUGAUGCCUUGGCUCCAUACCAACACAUUGAACAAGAUCUGAAGAGCUUGAAGGAGGUUGUGGAAAUGAAGAACCAGCAGAUACACCAGCAAGAGAAGAAGAUCUCCGAUCUGGAAAAAGUGCAGGCCCAAAAGAACGUGUUCCUUGAGGAGAAGGUCCAGGUUCUGCAGCAGCAGAAUGAAGAUCUGAUGGCCCGUAUUGAAAAUAACCUAGUCCUGUCUAGGCAACUUUCAGAGGAGAACGCCAAUCUCCAUGAUUCAGUUGAGAAGGAAACCUGUGAGAAGAAGCGGCUGAGUCGGAACAACGAGGAGCUUCUGUGGCGUCUCCAGACCAGCCCCCUCAUGUCCCCCGCCUCUUCCCCGCUGCACCGCUCCUUCUCCACCUCCCCUGUCCCCUCAUCCCCAUUCUUCUCCUCCUCACCUGUUGCAGGGUGCGACUCUCCAACCCACUGCCACGGCUGUUCCCAGCAGGCUCAAUACUGCUCCCCCUCCCACAGAGCUACCACCAAUCAAAAUCUCUCCCCAGGACCAGCCACACCCACUCACAGGGCAGCGAGCAAUCUGAAUUACUCACCUGGCCCGGCCACGCCCACUCACAGGGCCGCGAGCAAUCAAAAUUACUCACCUGGCCCGGCCACGCCCACUCACAGAGGGCAAGCUAAUCGCUGUAACACAGCCGCUUCUCUCAGCUCAUUUCAGAGAUAAGCUCACAUUUCUCUCUCUCUUCAAUUUUCAUAACUGGCUCCUUGUCUUCUAUUUUCAUUGUUAUCCUCCUCCCUUUUUUAAAUGCAAAUUGCAUUGAAGUAUAUGUUGUAGAAAAACAACUGUGGCCUGCAGUCAUCAAAGGAUAAACUAAGCACCAAGGUUACAGCAUCCCAAAAUUUUCGAGGCCCUACAGCCGGUGGCGUCCAUUAUGUGGCAGAUAUAAAUUUGUAAAAGGAAAAUGGAUUCAGACGACUACGGCUCAGUUGUCUAUCCCCAAUUAGUCUUGAAACGCAGACUGUACAUACUGUAUGAUAGGGACACAGACAGUGUCGACAUGUAGUGAAGCCUCCCUGCAUGGGUAGUCAUGAGACAGAAACUGUACAUAUGGAAACUGGACACCAGAAAAAAAAUUCUCUGGUGUGUUAAAAACACACGUCUUUGAUAAAAUAAGCUAUAUACAGUACUCUCUUUUUGUCUUUCUCUCUGUCUUUCUCUCUUUCUCUCAUUGGGAUUAGUUUCUCAUUGUGAAUUUUUGUUUGUUUUUGUUUUUUUGUCUGAAAGAAAUCCCCCAACAAAGCGCCUUAUACUCAGUCUUGCCGUCUCACCAGCAGAGAACGACCAACAUUUUAUUUCAUGAAGGACUUUGGAUACAGAAUUGGUUUUAUAAUCAAAAUAAAUCAUGUUCUUUAGCCUCCUCAAGGUGUAUUUAACAUUGUCUAAUUAGUUCAACAACGGUAGUUUUACUCGUGUGGGACGACCCUACCUGGAGCCCCAGCCAUUUUACCUGCAAAAUCCUGACGACCUAAUGUUCAAACUUUUGCCAGGUCUUCCUGCAGGCUCUCGCCACCAAGCAACUUUUUAUUUUGGGAUCCCUCAGGUCUACUUGCAAAACCUAUGUCUGCCAUUUUGUAUUUACCUCAUCGGGAAUGUGCAGUCUGUUGUGUCUGUAUAUAGCUCAACAGCAACAACAAAAACACACAGCACCAGAGAACUCAACGCUACAGGGGGCUUUAAACCUAACACAGAAAUCUUAAUUAUUUUAAUUUUUGUGGAUAAUUUUAUUUUUUUUAAUCUGAUUUUUAGGCUAUAUCUAAUUUAUUUGUUACAUGCAUUUUGCUAAUUAAGCAAUCAUGUACUGUUGAAGUCUUCCAGUCGUAAUGUGAAACAUUUUAUUGCUAUGGUCUGUCUAUUUAUUAAGUUUGAGGUGUGAAGGAAAUGAAUUGUGUUUGUAACUUUGAAAAUAUCACCUAUAAAACACAAGUGGAAUAUGUGAUGUGCCCCAGGAGAAAGGAGCUAUACGACUUGCUGUCAGUAGUGUUAAGGGGAAUGUCUUAUUAUAUUAUAAUGGGACUAUAAGCUAUGUAGGUUAAACAUGAGUGUCACCCUUUCUAAACCUGUGUUAACCUCUUCAUAAUCUUUUUUUCUUAUGCUUGCUUAUCUGAAUGACACUUUUAAUCCUUUAGGAUUACCUUCAAACUUUUGCGAGUUACACUGGAUUCUCCGUGUGCAAGAAUAUAUCGUUCAGGGAAUUAUUUUCUAAAUUUAGAUUAGAAAUUCUUUUGUAUAGCUUCUCUAUUAUACACUCAAGAUAUUUCCCACGAUCAUUUUCCACUUAUAUAAAAUACAACAGAGAAACCAACCUUUGGUAUAUAAAAAUGAGAAUUAUUUUAUAGCAUACAGUUUGUCAUAGCUGCCUCCUGUACUGUACUCUUCUGACUAACUUACCCUCAGGGUCCUACUCUUUCAUCUGGCUUUUUCAUUUAAAACUACAGUAUAAUACAAUGUAAUCUCAGUGAUUUACUCGCACAUGGACAAACAAAGCUGUUCAGACUACAUACAUAAAUGAGCCGCUGUAAAUAACCAAGGCCAAUGUGGAGGGAUGAGAGUAAAUCUGUGUUGUCUGUUGGCAGUCACAGCAACAUUGCUAAUGGGAGCAUGUGUUAGGGUUAGUCACAUGUCUGUUACGUUACAGGUAGAGUAAAUGUAACCUUUUACCAGCAUGUGAUGAAUGGCAUAUCUGGAUUGCCGGUUUUUCAGUAAAGUAAUAGCCUUUUAAGUAGAUAUUUUAUUGCUAUGCCAGCACUUUUAAUGGCCAUGAAAAAGUUUUAAAAAAAAAUCUUUUCAUGGAUUUUCAAGAUUUUUUGUAUGACACACACAGGGUUAAAUGCUCUUAAACGAAAGAAUGUCAAAUACAGCAAAGGAAUUUGAGAACUGUAUCUCGAUUCUCACUGAUUUUAUACCUACACUGAUGGUUUUUGAGAAUGUCUUUGCAUAACGAUCAAUUGUAAGAAUAUACCAGUCAGUGACACUGUGUUUUCAAAUGUUGUACGAUUGCAGUUCACCUAAGUCAUUGAAUUGUUCUUCAGGGUCCCCCUAAAGGUCACUUCAGGUGCAAAUACAAACAAGUCUACAAAGAUGCAACAAAAAUUAUUGUUUACAAACGGCAGCGUAAAAUCCCAUAUUUCAUCUUAAAUUAAUAUUUGACCUUUGAAUGGACUAUGAUUUCUAAACAAUGAACUGUUAUUGUAAUGACCCUUCAAUGUGUCCUGUGGACAUUUGUGUCUCACUAUGCGCUGAAUGUCAAAUAUGUAAUGACUGCAUUUUAUAGAAGUUAUUCAUGUGAUUUUGUUUGUUAUAAGACCUCUUGUCUGACCACUAUGUAGCAGCUAUUUCAUAUGUAGCACUUGGUUGAGCCUCCCCACAACAAACAUGGGUCAUUCAUCUAAUCCAUUAGGGAUUGAAACAUCCAUGUUCAUGUUUAAAUGCUGUUGUAGCAAAUGUUUCUAUGGCUUAUCAACUUUCAGCGGAAACAUUUGAAAUUGAGAAGGGAAGCUGUACAAUUACCCUGUGUGGAUUUAGUCCAGAGAAAACGUUCACUGAAUUAGUUUGUUCUGGCACUGAUUGUAUGUUUGAAUGUAAAUACAUUUACAACAUUAGUUGUGUCUUAGUGCACCAACAAAAUAAUAGAAGCAUGUUUUUCUGUCCUUGCUGUUUCUCGCUCUCCCUUUCUCUUCUUUUACCUCUCUGCAUUUGUGAUGGUCAAAAUGUAACUGUAGCUUAGGAGGCCUAGAGGACGAGGAAUGAGAUGGUUCGACAUGUAACGUGUACAAACGUUGUUGAGGCUUUUAUUUGUACUUUUUGGGGAGAACAUAGUAUUAAAAGAUAUUCAAGAAAA